GUGAGGACCACACUUUGAAGCCAUUUAUUCCCUUGGAGAUGCUCUGAUGACAAUGAGAAUGAAGACUCUGCUGUUUACCUUCCUGUUGUUGGGUGUUCUUUGUCUCAGCAGCUUUGCAGAAAGUGCAGAUGUGAUCAAAUUUAAAGGUGAAAGUGCCACCAUGAAGUGUCAUAUCUCUGAUAAAGAUGCGAUGGGAGUGUCUCUGUUCACCCGACAUAAGGAUAAGCAGGAAGUCUUAUACUACUUUAUACAAUCAAACAAAUUAACUAUUAAGCCUACUCAUGAAGGACGUGUUGAAGCCAAAUUUGAUGGCAAGACUCUGACUGUAGACAUCUUGAACCUGCAAAAAGAAGAUACCGGUGCCUACUGGUGCGAGUGCAAUCAUAUAGUGACUCGUGAGUGUAAAAUGGAUCAGUCUGGUGUUGUUCUUGUGGUUCAUGACCGAGAGAGACAGCAAAAUACGGGGCAAGUUUCUGCUUCCACUGCUCCUUCAAAGUUUGGAGGCAUGAACGGCUUACUGGUUCCAGUGGUGGCUCUGACCGCCAGCAGUGUGCUUUUACUCUUGCUUCUGGUGCUGGGAGUGUGGGUCGUGCCCAAGAUUAAGAAGAUGAGACAAACCGCUGAACAGGAAAAAACGUCUGCAAAUGAAGUGUACGAGGUCAUGACUGUGAAGAGGGAGUACAGAUGAGAAAUCAACAGAUUUCAGGUUCUGGGCUGAUUUUUGUGUUUGUGUGUGAUAUCAUCAAAUGUUGUUACAUGACAGCAAGUCACUGGAUUGUACCUUCUCAGGGGUUAAAUUAUUGUCAUUAUCAAUAUAAUAGUCUGAAAGAAUGCAAACCUUUUGUUAUUUCGCCAUUUUAUGCCGUCAGGGCAUUUUUACUUUCAUUUGAAAGAAUGCCAUCAGUAUUUGACAGAAGAAAUAUAUAUAUAUAUAUAUAAAUAUAUAUAUAUAUAUAUAUAUAUAUAUAUAUAUAUAUAUAUAUAUAUAUAUAUAUAUAUAUAUAUAUAUUGAAAUAUAUAAGUAAAUAAAAAAAUAGAGAAAUAUAUAUGCAUGAGUAUAAAUAACAUUUACUUUUGUACUGUUAGUAAGUACUGUCUGAUUUGAGUUGUUUAAUCUAUCUCUGUUCAUUCAUUUACUUUUCGGCUUAGUCCUUUUAUUAAUCUGGGCUUGCCACAGCGGAAUGAACUGCCAACUUAUCCAGCAUAUGUUUACGCAGCAGAUACUCUUCUUGCUGUAACCCAUAACUGGGAAACACCCGUUCACUCUCAUUUUCUCUCACACACACUACAGAUAAUUUAGCUUAUUCAAUUCACCUAUAGCGCAUGUCUUUGAAACCGGAGCACCCGGAGUAAACCCAUCCAAACAUGGGAAGAACAUGCAAACUUCACACAGAAAUGCCAACUGACCCAGCCGAGGCUUGAACCAGUGACCUUCAGCGCUACCCACUGCACCAUUGCGUAAACCCCUCUGUUGAUAUUUCAUUUUACAAAUUUAGAGAAAUCCCUUCUAUCCUCUUCUGUCUAUUGUAAAUAUCACAGAGUGCAUUAAGAUAUAUUAACAUAUGAGUUUUUAUUCUGUUUUUAUGAGGUGUAAGUUGUUUGAAAACCUGAAUGUAUAGUUUCACCAGUGUACAUUGCACUGCUAAUUUACAGGAACAAAAAUAACAAGACAAUAGAAAAACAGGAUGUGUAAAUGUCCCUUAGUUUCAGUCUGUGCUUUUUCUGUGACUUGCGGUCUAUAGUCUGCUUUGGCUGUCCUUUUGCACAUUCUGCUUCUCAGAGAUGAAUAUGCAGACGUCUUCCUGUGGCAUAGUAUAGUCAAGACCACUUAUGAGCAAGACUGCAUCUCCUGAAGAGAAGCUCACCAAUUUUCAUUUAACUUUAGCCCACCAAAACAUAAAGAUCGAAACUUCAAGUGUUAUAACUACAUUGGGGAGUUACCAGAAGUCAGAAGACACAUGAGAGAAAAUAUCAGCUUAAGAGUCUUUGCCAAAUCAGUUUCUCUUUGUAUAUAUGUUAUUUCUUUACAUAAAGGACUUGUUGUCUAGGUUGUACAUCAAAAUGGCAUGUUGUUCCCAUCAGAAGAAUGUCAUUAAUAAAAAAAAAUCUGUAAAUAAAAAUAUUUUUUUAAAGUAA